UCGCUCGGUUGACGGCGCGCGCAGUCCGUUUGGGAACUUCAGGCGGCGGAGUGAGGAAAUCUGCCCUGCAGAGCGCAGGACAUGGGGAAGUUAGUGUGGCUGUCUGUGCUGGCCGUAGCUUUAGCAGCGCUGGUCGGAGAACGACUUAUUACACUGAGAAAAGUAACACUGGCCUUCAGAGAACUCACCCAGAAUCACCUUCCCAACUGUCAACUGAUAAAGGGACUAGAGUACGGAUCUGAGGAUGUCACCAUACUGGAAAACGGACUUGCCCUCGUGAGCACUGGCUUGAAGUUUCCAGGCCUGCCAAGCAAUCCAGAUAUUCCUGGGAAUAUCCAGCUCAUAGAUCUGCGAGUCGGCGUGAAUCCUGUAGUUCUCCCCAUUAAGGGCAGUUUUGACACUGCUUCAUUCAACCCUCAUGGCAUCAGCGUGUUUACAGAUGAGAAAGAUGGUUCCAGAUAUUUGUUUGUUGUGAAUCACCCACACGGUGGGUCCCAGAUUGAGAUAUUCAGAUUUGAUGAAGAUGAAUAUACUCUCCUGCACAUCAGGACUGUAAAGCAUGAAUUACUGCAAAGCGUGAACGACAUUGUAGCCGUGGGAGUCGACAGCUUCUAUGCCACCAAUGAUUACUACUUCACCAACCACAUUCUGAGGACUUUGGAGCCACUUAUGUCUUUAACCUGGUGCAACGUUGUGUACUACAGCCCUAAUGAAGUUAGGUCUGUAUCUGAGGGAUAUCCUUCAGCCAACGGUAUCAACAUCUCUCCUGACAAAAGGUACUUGUAUGUGUCCGAUAUUCUGAGACACAGAAUUGGUGUGCUGGAGAUUCAGAAAGACCAUUCACUAACCCAUAUAAAAGACGUUGAAGUGGGCUCUAUCCCGGACAACAUUGAAGUGGACCCUGAAUCUGGUGAUUUGUGGAUAGGCUGCCAUCCAAAUGGACUCAAAUUUGUUCUCUGCAAUCCAAAUGAUCCUCCUGGCUCUGAGGUCAUCCGCAUUCAGAAUAUCCACUCUGAGAAGCCGGUGGUGACGGUGGUGUAUGAAGACGACGGUAGCGUGCUCGUGGGAUCUUCAGCGGCUUCUCCCUACAAGGGGAAGCUUCUCAUUGGAACCGUCUACCAUAAGGCUCUCUGCUGUGACCUUCAGUAGAACCCAGCGCUCAGAGUUCAGAGUGUUCAGUGAGUUUGUUCUGCAGAGAGCAGUGAGCCUGUUGGCACAAUACACAGUGUUCAUCAUCUCUAUAAAUGUGAAGAUUUGUACAGUUGUUGUUUACCUGUAACAGUUAUUCACUGUGACAGUUGGUAACAAUUGUUUAAUGUAUGUUCAGUGACAAAAAAAUACAUUGUUUAAAAUGUGAAUUUGAAUAAAUAUAUUUGUUCUUAAA